AGGCACUGGCGAGGUCCAUUCCCUCUCUGCCACACUCAGGAUUGCAGCCUUCCUCCUCCCUGCACUGAACUAGUGGUUGCUGCGGAGCACUCUUAACUGCACAUCACAACAUGAUUAAGGAAACUUACUCAAAUUCUUCAUUCAAUUGGCCUCAUCUGCUGAGUUAUAAUGGAACAGACAAGUACCUCUACUUAGAAGGCAAUGUCUCCUACGUGGACUUCUACCAUCAUCAGCCUUCAGUGGCAGCUGUUUUCAUUGCCUCUUACCUCCUCAUCUUCCUGCUCUGUAUGGUUGGCAAUGGAGUAGUCUGCUAUACGGUUCUGAGGAGCAAGCAUAUGAGAACGGUCACAAAUCUUUUCAUCUUAAACCUGGCUGUCAGCGAUUUACUGGUGGGAAUCUUCUGCAUGCCCACCACCCUCCUGGACAACAUCAUUGCAGGAUGGCCAUUUGGGAGCAUGGUUUGCAAGAUGAGUGGGAUGGUCCAAGGAAUCUCUGUCUCUGCCUCCAUCUUCACUCUGGUUGCAAUUGCUGUAGACAGGUUUCGAUGCAUCGUUUAUCCAUUUAAGCAGAAGCUGACCACCUCAACUGCUGUCAUCAUUAUAACAGUCAUCUGGAUUCUAGCCAUUGCAAUCAUGUGUCCUUCAGCAGUCAUGUUACAGGUACAAGAAGAGAAGCAUAUAAGAGUAAUCCUUGGCUAUGGCAAUGAAACCCGCCCUGUAUAUUGGUGCCGGGAGAACUGGCCUAACCCAGGAAUGAGAAAGAUCUAUACGACAGUUCUGUUUGCCAAUAUCUAUCUUGCCCCCUUGUCACUCAUUGUUAUUAUGUAUGCUAGGAUAGGCAUUGCUCUCUUCAACACAGCAAUGCCUACAGUGGGAAAGCACAGGCAGGAGCAGCGACACACUGUGUCUAAGAAGAAACAAAAAGUCAUCAAAAUGCUCAUUAUUGUGGCUUUGCUUUUCACCCUGUCCUGGCUUCCACUGUGGACUCUGAUGAUGCUCUCAGACUACGCCAACCUGUCAGAUAUCCAGCUGCAGAUCAUCAAUAUUUAUAUCUAUCCUUUUGCCCACUGGCUGGCCUUUUUCAACAGCAGCAUCAACCCCAUCAUCUAUGGUUUCUUUAAUGAAAACUUUCGCAGAGGCUUUAAGGCAGCCUUUAAACUUCAGCUCUGCUCUAAGGACAUCAUUCACAGGGAGGUCUACUCCCAUCGAGGCCAAAGCAACGCCAUUUUGCCAGCUGCCAAUUACCAAACACCCCAGGAUCAGGCUCGUCAAAAUGUCAAGGCAGAGAGAAAACCGAUUAGAAAAGGGAAUUGGAUGAAUAACCAGCAGGAUUUGAUGAUGGAGGAUCUUGAAGAGCCUUACAACAACGGGAUGAAGUGAAACACGUUACAAACUCUCUAAAAGACUUAUGUCCAACAGAAUUUCUUUACUGCGUUGUAGAAGUCAAGCUCUGUAAGGUAUUUCUAUUUCUAAGAAAAGAAAUAAAUGUCAAGAUGUUUCUGUUUAGGAAAUGAUAUGCAACUUGCAUAAUAUUAAAGUGUUUGACACAAGGAAGAAGCAAAAUUCAUCCUUCUCUAUCACCAGCUUAAACCAGGGACAAACUCUCUGCAGCCAGUGAUGACUCAUUGCUCUUGCACUGGAGUGGUGCAAAGUCCUGAUUAAAACGAGAUUACCUGCCCUUUUUUGCAAGUUAAGAGAAAAAGAGGACUACGAUUAUAUGCCCUGAUACAACAAUACCUGACACUGAUGGAGAGAACACGCAUUUGCAUAUCUAAAUUUCUCAGAGUGGCUGAAACAGGGCUAUGUGCACAAUAUUUAUGGUAAGAAACAAUUCAGCAUGUAAGGCUGGUUGUUAUUAACACCUAACAUCAUCUUCUGAUACCAGGCAGCAAAACUAACAUAGCUGUCUGCAGUGGCCAUCUGGACUACUACGCCAGGUAGAGAAGGGAACCAUGAAACUCACCAGGGCCCUCUCUGUGCACAUGUCCCCUCCAGGGGAAUUUGACUGCCAGGACUCAGGGCAGCUCUGAGCCAUGACACUGAAGGCAUCCUUUUCCACUGGUUAUUCCAGAGAGAGGCUCCCAGACAGCACUACCAGGAUGUCACAGCACAUACUGGGAGCUGCUUUUACAAUAGUGCUCCAGUGAUGAGCCCUUACUGCCUCACAGUCCUUCCCUGGAGCUGGUCAUAGGCCCCAUGGUCCAGGCACUAAGCCUGAUCUGCAGGUCAACUUUCUUACCUGAGCUCAGAUCUGACAUCACCAUAAACUUGUCUGAUGGUCUGGACCCUCAGGUAAACCUGGCUUCACAUGCUGCCCUAUUCCCUUGCUGGUGCAGCAGGGUGGGUGCAGGCUGGUGAGGAGCUUGCCCUGCAACACCCCUCAUCUUCAUGGGGAGCAGCCAGCCCCUGCAGCAUUCUAAGAGAAUCAUCUGGUCUGGAUAUUUUAGUUUUCUGUUGCAUUAAGAGAUAAAUGCAUCUACAGACCAAUACAUCUGCAAAUGAGAUUUAUAUAAAAGUCUUCUACUGAAUGCCUGACUAAUCCAAUAAACUCAUUUCAUGAUUAAUGUACUGCAUUUCUCUGCUCAGCAGUGGGUUCUUGGUACUACGCUUUUGGGUGCCUCAAGUGAAGCAUAAGCUUGUCCCUGGAACUUAUCAGUUUGUUACUCUCUUAAAUACUGGAAAUACAGUCUGAACAACUGAACUUAACUCACCAGUUUGUAGAUCUCCACGUACUUGUACUUCUGCCUGGUAAUCUUGAAUGCCAAUCACUUCCUAUCAAAUGACAAAAGCAAGCAUUGUUAGUCACAUUCUCUUUAUUCCCAUUUCUGAUUGUUUCCCUCUUGUUAAUUCUGUGAUAACAGUUGUUCUUGGAGUUCAAACAAUGAAGUGCAAAUUUGUGAAAUAAAGGAUAAAAAAUGG